UUUAGUUUGUAGUAUGUACGUUAUUUCGAAUUUCCACCAUGGUACGUCAUAAUUAAAAAUAAAUUGCCCGCCAUGCCACCAUUGUAGUACGUUUGCUUACUCACUGCGAUCUAUGGGUAAUAGUGAGAACUAAUGAAUACACGACUGUACGACACUUGUUGACAAUUGAGUGCUGUGAGCGUCAAACGUGCUUAUCAGAAAAGCUUGUCAUCGCGAGGUUUGGUUGAUUGGUUGGUCUAGUUUAUUGGAGAAGUAAUUAAUUACUGAUUCCAUAAUGCCAGAUUUUCUAGGAGAUGAUAUGCGAAAAGUCAAGAAAGAUGAAAAAGAAGAGGAAAAAGAAAUAAAAUCACUGGAUGAAGGUGACAUUGCCUUGCUGAAGACCUAUGGUCAGGGUCAAUACACCAAGAGUAUUAAAACUGUGGAAGAGGAUAUACAAACAGUUAUCAAGCGUGUGAAUGAGUUAACCGGAAUCAAAGAGUCAGACACAGGUUUAGCCGCCCCUGCUUUAUGGGAUUUAGCAGCGGACAAACAAACUCUUCAAAAUGAGCAGCCUUUACAGGUGGCCCGCUGCACGAAAAUUAUUAAUGCAGACUCUGAUGAUCCAAAGUAUAUAAUUAAUGUUAAACAGUUUGCUAAGUUUGUGGUGGAUCUUGCCGACUCUGUUGCUCCAACUGACAUUGAAGAAGGAAUGAGGGUUGGAGUGGACCGUAACAAGUACCAGAUUCACAUCCCUCUGCCCCCAAAGAUUGACCCUACAGUGACCAUGAUGCAGGUGGAAGAGAAACCAGAUGUGACGUACAGUGAUGUGGGAGGGUGUAAAGAACAGAUAGAGAAAUUGAGGGAAGUUGUAGAGACUCCUCUCCUGCACCCAGAGAAGUUUGUGAAUCUGGGCAUCGAACCUCCAAAAGGUGUACUUCUGUUUGGUCCCCCUGGAACAGGCAAGACACUUUGUGCCCGUGCGGUUGCCAACCGAACAGAUGCAUGCUUCAUUCGUGUCAUUGGUUCUGAACUGGUCCAGAAGUAUGUGGGCGAGGGAGCAAGAAUGGUUCGUGAGCUGUUUGAGAUGGCUCGCAGCAAGAAAGCUUGCCUCAUUUUCUUUGAUGAAAUUGAUGCUAUUGGAGGAGCACGAUUCGAUGAUGGUGCUGGAGGUGACAAUGAGGUGCAGAGAACUAUGCUUGAGCUCAUCAACCAGUUGGAUGGAUUUGAUCCUCGAGGGAACAUUAAGGUCCUCAUGGCUACAAACAGGCCUGACACUUUGGAUCCAGCUUUGAUGCGCCCUGGCCGCCUGGACCGGAAAGUGGAAUUUGGUCUUCCUGAUCUGGAGGGCCGGACACACAUUUUCAAGAUUCAUGCGCGGUCUAUGAGUGUGGAGCGUGACAUUCGCUUUGAAUUGUUGGCUAGGUUAUGUCCCAACAGCACAGGAGCUGAAAUUCGGUCUGUGUGCACUGAAGCUGGAAUGUUUGCUAUUCGUGCUCGACGAAAGGUUGCAACUGAAAAAGACUUUUUGGAAGCUGUAAAUAAGGUCAUCAAGUCUUAUGCUAAGUUCUCAGCAACUCCUCGUUAUAUGACAUACAAUUAGAUUAAUGAUAUUGAAAUUAUAUGUGUGAUUUUGAACGAGAUUUGUGUUUUGAGCCUGAAUAAAAGUGUUCUCAAGUACAUUUUGAAAGGAAUCUGUUAAUUACUUAACUGUUUUUUCUUCAGUUGUGUGUGAUAUUUUGAAAUGUAUUGCUGCAGUAUGGUAACAAUUUUGCCAAGUACAAAUUAACAUUUGUGCAAAAGUAUUGAUAUUGGAAUAAAACCUAAUCAGUGAUCAUGUUAUGAUUAAUUAGUUAUGUCAAGAAAUCAUAAAACAAUGUGUAAUUACAUUUGUAUUUCAAAAUGAAUAUGAAUGGUUGUGGUUGAGAUGUAGGACUUCAAAUUCUUGUUUGUUUAAAGAUAACCUUUUUCUGAAAACUGAUAUAGAGAAAAUAUUUUUUUACAGUAACUUCCAUUUGUGAAUAUAAUUGUUGGCAACACUUUUUUACAACACAUUGUUCAAAAAGACCAUUCAAUUUAGAACCUAAUUUAGUACCUAAUCUUGUGUUUCAAGAAACAUUACAAGUAACAUAGAGGAAAAGUAUACCAGUUUAACUUAUCUUGAAUCAACCCUAUACUGUUACACAUAUUGUCAAAAAUGUUUCUAACGAAAUAUAUGUAUGUACUUGCAUUUUAAAAGCAACAUUGAAUUCAUGUAGCACUUAAAAUUAUUCCAAUGGCAGUAGUAUUUAUAAGAUGUUGAUUUACAAUUGAAAUAUGCAACAAUAAUCUCUGAAAUGAUUCUCACUUUUUUGCGUUUUCUCCAUUUGCAAAGGUUUUCAUUUUUGUAUUUGUCCAUUAUGUCUUGCCUUGAAAUUGUUCAAUUUGACUGUGAGCCAAAUUUUCUUUGUUUUAAAAUGCAUCAAGAACCAAUAUAUAUUCCAGAAAAUGUACAUAAGUCAUCUCUAUGGCUAUGGCUUGUUUGAAAUCCAAAAUAAUUUUAAGAACUGGCGUAUCUCAUGCUGAAUACAAUUAAUACUGAAAGUGAGAGAUUAAUGUAAUCAAAUUAGGAACAACUUUUUUAUGAAACUAAUCAAGGGUAUUGACAUGGGUACUUAUUGUAUAAUCUGUUCUCUUAAUAAUCACUUUUGAGAUCUGGAAGUGAAGGCUAAUGCUUCUCUGCCUUCUCGAUAUCAAAUCUUUUUUAAAAAGGCAAUGAAAUGAAUGGAGUGGCUGUCAGCAAGUAUGAUUGUUAUCGAUUUUUCUCUUUCAUACCUUAGUUUGUAAGAAGAGGAAGUUCUUGAUUGUGCGCCAGAAAUUGCUAUGGAUAUUUUGACACAAAAACUCUUAUUGCAGAGUCCAGGUAAUGAAAAAUGGGAUACAUUUUCUGUUCCUAUGUGUAGUAAAUUACUUUUUCUAACAUAUUGUGUAGACAGAAUCCAUAUUUUAUGAGUCCUUGUCACUAAAAAAUUGAUUGACAGAAAAACUUAUGUCCAUGGUCAAUGCUAGCACCUAAACUGUUCUGAAGAUUUUCUCAAAAGUUGAUAUUCCCCAAUCAACAUGAAAAAACUUGAGGCCCUGUGACAUUGAAACAGAUAUUUUGUGGUUACUUUAGGUAAAGCUUUAAAAAACGUGUUCAAAGUUGGCACCAAUUUUUUUAGAUUUUGUCUGCGAAAGCAUAAAGAACUCUUAAAAAAAGUGAUGCAGGCAUUUUUGUUGAAAUCUCUGAUUUUUUGAAAAUUGCAAAAGUUCUGAACUUUUCAGUAUCUUCCUACACCUAGAAUGUGAAAAUAGGGAUUUUUUUCCUUUAUGAAAUCUGUUGUUCUAAGAUUUCUUGAAAUAAGAUCAUGUACAAUUUCUUGAAAGUGUGAGUUUUUGUGUGAAAUGUAUGCUAUUUUUAAACAAUUAUUUAUCGCAAAAAUGGCUUGAAAUUUUUUCUUUCUAU